AUGCAGCUUAAAAGAAUGAUGCCGAAAAAGAAGCACUUAUCUGCAGGCAGAGCACCUCUGAUACUCUUCCUGUGCCCGAUGAUCAGUGCACUGGAAGUCCCUCUUGAUCUGGUACAACCUCCAACCAUUACUCAACAGUCUCCAAAAGAUUACAUUAUUGACCCACGGGAGAAUAUUGUAAUCCAGUGUGAGGCCAAAGGGAAACCUCCUCCAAGUUUCUCCUGGACCCGAAAUGGGACUCAUUUCGACAUAGAUAAAGACCCUCUUGUCACCAUGAAGUCUGGCUCGGGAACCCUCACAGUCAACAUCAUGAGCGAGGGGAAAGCAGAGACCUAUGAAGGAGUGUAUCAGUGUACAGCCAGGAACGAACGCGGGGCUGCAAUUUCUAAUAACAUUGUCAUCCGUCCAUCCAGGUCACCGUUGUGGACCAAAGAAAAACUUGAACGAAUAACACUUAGAAAUGGCCAGUCUUUGGUACUUCCCUGCAGACCCCCGGUUGGGUUACCACCACCUAUAAUAUUCUGGAUGGAUAAUUCCUUUCAAAGACUUCCACAAAGUGAGAGAGUUUCCCAGGGUCUGAAUGGAGACCUUUAUUUUUCCAAUGUGCUCCCGGAGGAUACCCGGGAAGACUACAUCUGUUACGCCCGAUUUAAUCACACUCAAACCAUACAGCAGAAGCAACCUAUUUCUGUGAAGGUGAUUUCAGUGGAUGAAAUGAAUGACACUAUAGCUGCUAAUUUGAGUGACACUGAGUUUUAUGGUGCUAAAUCACACAGAGAGAGGCCACCAACAUUUUUAACUCCAGAAGGCAAUGCAAGUCGCAAAGAGGAAUUACGAGGAAAUGUCCUCUCACUUGAGUGCAUUGCAGAAGGGCUGCCUACCCCAAUUAUUUACUGGAUAAAAGAAGAUGGAACACUCCCCAUCAACCGGACAUUUUAUAGGAACUUUAAGAAAACUCUGCAGAUUGUUCAGGUUACAGAAGCAGACUCUGGGAAUUACCAGUGUAUAGCCAAAAAUGCACUAGGAGCCAUCCAGCAUGUCAUUUCUGUCACAGUUAAAGCGGCUCCAUACUGGAUCAUAGCACCUCAAAAUCUUGUGCUGUCCCCAGGAGAGGAUGGAACCCUGAUCUGCAGAGCUAAUGGCAACCCCAAACCCAGAAUUAGCUGGUUAUUGAAUGGAAUCCCGAUAGAAAUUGCCCCUGAUGACCCCAGCAGAAAAAUAGAUGGCGAUACCAUUAUUUUUUCAAACGUUCAAGAAAGAUCAAGUGCGGUGUAUCAGUGUAAUGCGUCUAACGAAUAUGGAUAUUUACUGGCAAACGCAUUUGUAAAUGUCCUGGCUGAGCCACCACGAAUCCUUACGACUGCGGACACACUCUAUCAAGUCAUUGCCAACAGGCCUGCCUUACUAGACUGUGCCUUCUUUGGGUCUCCUCUCCCUACCAUCGAGUGGUUUAAAGGCGCUAAAGGGAGUGCUCUUCGUGAAGAUAUCUAUGUUUUACAUGAAAAUGGAACUUUGGAAAUUCCUGUGGCCCAGAAGGACAGUACGGGGACUUAUACGUGUGUUGCAAGGAAUAAGUUAGGAAUGGCGAAGAAUGACAUUCACUUAGAGAUCAAAGAUCCAACGAGGAUCAUUAAACAGCCUGAAUAUGCAGUUGUGCAAAGAGGGAGCACGGUGUCCUUUGAAUGCAUAGUGAAACACGAUCACACUUUAAUCCCGACCGUCACGUGGCUAAAGGACCACGGGGAGCUGCCCAGUGACGGGAGGUUCACUGUUGACAAGGACCAUUUGGUGGUCGCUGACGUCAGUGAUGAUGAUGGUGGGACCUACACAUGUGCGGCCAACACAACUCUGGACAACGUUUCGGCCAGUGCUGUGCUCAGCGUCGUCGAUGUCCCAAAUCCUCCCUUUGAUUUAGAAUUGACGGAUCAACUAGACAGGAGUGUUCAGCUGUCAUGGACCCCAGGCGAUGACAACAAUAGCCCUAUUACAAAAUUCAUCAUUGAGUAUGAAGAUGCGAUGCACGAGCCGGGCCUGUGGCAUCACCAAACUGAAGUCCCUGGAGCUCAGACCACAGCCCAGCUGAAGCUGUCGCCCUACGUCAACUAUUCCUUCCGAGUGACGGCGGUAAACAGCCUGGGGAGGAGCUUGCCCAGCGAGGCGUCGGAGCAGUAUUUGACUAAAGCUGCAGAACCAGAUAAAAAUCCCACGGCUGUGGAAGGGCUGGGAUCAGAGCCGGAUAAUUUGGUGAUUACGUGGCAGCCCUUGAAUGGUUUCGAAUCUAAUGGGCCAGGCCUUCAGUACAAAGUUAGCUGGCGCCAGAAGGACGGUGAUGAUGAAUGGACGUCUAUGGUUGUGGCAGAUGUAUCCAAAUACAUUGUCUCGGGCACCCCGACCUUUGUCCCGUACCUGAUCAAAGUUCAGGCCCUGAAUGACGCGGGCUUUGCUCCAGAGCCAGCUGUGGUCCUGGGACAUUCUGGAGAAGACCUCCCAAUGGUGGCUCCCGGGAAUGUGCACGUAAACGUGGUAAACAGCACCUUAGCCGAGGUGCACUGGGACCCGGUACCUCUGAAAAGCAUCCGAGGACACCUGCAGGGCUAUCGGAUUUACUACUGGAAGGCACAGAGUUCAUCAGCAAGAAACAGACGCCAUAUUGAGAAAAAGAUCCUCACUUUCCAGGGCAGCAAGACUCAUGGCAUGUUGCCCGGGCUGGAGCCCUUUAGCCACUACACACUGAAUGUCCGCGUGGUCAAUGGGAAAGGGGAGGGCCCAGCCAGCCCCGACAGGGUCUUCAGUACCCCGGAAGGAGUCCCCAGCGCUCCAUCCUCUCUGAAGAUUGUUAAUCCAACGCUAGAUUCUCUCACUUUGGAAUGGGAGCCACCAAGCCACCCGAAUGGCAUUUUGACAGAGUACACCUUAAAAUAUCAGCCAAUUAACAGCACCCAUGAAUUAGGCCCUCUGGUAGAUUUGAAAAUUCCUGCCAACAAGACCCGCUGGACUUUAAAAAAUUUAAAUUUCAGCACUCGGUAUAAAUUUUAUUUCUAUGCACAAACAGCUGCGGGAUCAGGAAGUGAAAUAACAGAGGAAGCGAUAACGACCGUGGGUGAAGCGAUGGCAAGCCGACAGGUGGAUAUAGCGACUCAGGGCUGGUUCAUUGGUCUAAUGUGUGCUGUCGCUCUCCUGAUCUUAAUUUUGCUGAUUGUUUGCUUCAUCAGAAGAAACAAAGGUGGUAAAUAUCCAGUUAAAGAAAAGGAAGAUGCCCAUGCAGAUCCUGAAAUCCAACCUAUGAAGGAAGAUGACGGCACUUUUGGAGAAUACAGUGAUGCAGAAGACCACAAGCCUUUAAAAAAAGGCAGUCGAACACCUUCAGACAGGACUGUGAAAAAGGAAGAUAGUGAUGACAGCCUAGUUGACUAUGGAGAGGGGGUAAAUGGCCAGUUCAAUGAGGACGGCUCCUUUAUUGGACAGUACAGUGAUCAACCUUUCUAGUGGAAAUCCAGAAAGACAAAACAGGCUGCCUUGGCAUCCGAGAGCACAAAGAUAAGUUACUUAAAGUUUGCCAGUGUGUGCGGGGACAAGAAAAGUACAGUUUUUCCUCUUCCAUAACGGUAGAUGCUAAAUUUGUGCAUGAAGGGGUCAUUUCUGUACUUGUGCAACAGAGUUUGUAUUAAAAA